AUUCAAAAUUAGGUGGAGCCGUGGAGGGCGAAGUUAGGCAAAGCAACUAAACCAACGACGAAAGGAAAGCAACUGCAAAAUGAUGAACAUCAUCAACAUUGGAUCUUCUUCUUUCCCUCCUCUACGCCCAUCUCUUUCCCAUUUCCUCUCCCUUCCUGCGCCUCCUCUCCCUCUCUCAUCCCAAUUCCAAUGACCAAAAUCUCCGGCGCCACACGGUAAACGGAAACAACCCCAUUUCUAUAUAUAUAUAUGGAUUCGUAGCUCUCCCUUCCAUUUCUAUAAAAAUCCACAGCAAUCCAUUCAACUCUCUACUCUGCUGCUUCACUCACGCCGUACUACGCCUGAUUUCUCUAUGGCCGGUCGUAAAGAUAAAGCUCAUUCAGCUCGCGUGUCUCGAGUCGUCAUCGCCAUCGCAAUCGGAGUUCUUCUUGGCUGUCUUUUUGCUUUCUUCUAUCCCCAUGGACUUCUCCGCUCUGAUCUACCCCUCCAAAACCGUCGACUCGGGAAAUCGGAGUUACAGGUUCAGUCUUCUUCCCCGUGCGAAUCUUCGGACCGGUUCAAGAACCUUAAAGCCGACGUGGUUUCAAUAUUAGGGAAGAACUCCGUGUUGGAGAAGCGUAUCAAGGAUCUUACGAGGGAGCUGAAGAUUGUGGAACAAUUAAAAGAUCAUGCUCAGAAGCAAUAUUUGGCGCUUGGCGAAAAUCACAAGGCUGGUCCAUUUGAUAGUGUCAAAGGUCUUAGAACAAAUCCCACUGUAAUCCCUGAUGAAUCCGUGAAUCCUCGACUGGCAAAGCUCCUGGAGAAAGUUGCUAUUCAGAAGGAGCUGAUUGUGACGCUUGCAAAUUCUAAUGUUAAAUCUAUGUUGGAGAUUUGGUUUACCAGCAUCCAAAAUGUCGGUAUACACAAUUAUUUGGUCGUGGCUCUGGACGACCAAACCGAAGAGUUCUGCAUAUCCCAUGAUGUUCCUGUCUACAAGAGAGAUCCAGACACGAGCAUCGACUCGGUGGGAAAGCAAGGAGGCAACCAUCAAGUCUCUGCAUUGAAGUUUCACGUUCUUAGGGAGUUCUUGCAACUGGGAUACAGUGUUCUACUCUCAGACGUUGAUAUCGUCUACUUGCAGAACCCUUUCGAUCAUCUUUACCGCGAUUCGGACGUGGAGUCGAUGAGUGAUGGUCACAACAAUAUAACAGCUUAUGGAUAUAACGAUGUAUUUGAUGAACCUGCCAUGGGUUGGGCUAGAUAUGCGCACACUAUGAGAAUAUGGGUUUACAACUCUGGUUUCUUCUUCAUUAGGCCUACACUCCCUUCAUUGGAGCUUUUGGACCGUGUUGCUGCUCGGCUUUCUCAAGAAAAGGCAUGGGACCAAGCCGUUUUCAACGAGGAACUCUUUUAUCCGUCUCGUCCCGGUCGUGAUGGUCUUCAUGCCUCCAAGAGAACCAUGGACAUGUAUCUCUUUAUGAACAGCAAGGUACUUUUCAAGACUGUUCGAAAGAACCUGAAUCUGAGACAGCUGAAACCCGUUAUUGUUCAUAUAAAUUAUCAUCCUGACAAGUAUGCUAGAAUGAAAGCAGUCGUCGAAUUCUACGUCGACGGUAAGCAAAAUGCUCUGGAUCAUUUUCCAGAUGGUUCUGAAUGAUGAAAUGCUCUUCCAACAAGCUUUACCACCAUUGCUUGAUACAAUGCAGCAGCUGCUACAAGGAGGAGUCAUCUGAUCAUCAUCCCAUGACUACAAAACAUUCUCUGUUAUUUCCUUUUCCGAGUUUUUUGUCGAUGUAUUUAUGGAAAGAACAUUUGUCAUCUGUAACGAUAAAGCUCAAAUUGAGAGACUUUUCUUCUGCAAUAGGAAAAUGUCAUUACAUAUG